GGAUAGAAAAAAUUCAAUGGCGUUUAGUUAAAAUUUCAGUAUGCAUUAAAGACGCCUUCACUGUACAGAUACGCAAACAUAUAUAACAACUGUACAUAUAUAUGUCUAUAUCAGUCUCAAGAGUCAUUGACCAAAAUUUCAUUUCCCUCUCUCUCUCAUCAAUAACCAUUCUGUUUCAAGAAAAUGCAGUGAAGAAAGGCCCAUUCUCCAAUUCUUCCCAAUAAUCGCCGUUUUCUUCCUCCAAGAAAUGCUUCUUUCAAGAAUUUCUUCAGGGCUAAUCUCCACCGUCGCCUUCUUCCUCCUCCUCCUCCUCAUUCCCUCGCCGCCGACGUGUCUCGGAAUCCGAUCCUUCCCCAGCAACGUGGCCCACUUGGGCUUCUCAGAGGCGCCGGACUACCGCAACGGCAUCGAAUGUCCGGCGACGGCCCCACAAUCCGGCGAGGCCUGCGACCCCUCGGUGGUCCACGUGGCGAUGACGCUCGACUCUGAGUACCUCCGCGGCUCCAUCGCGGCGGUACACUCCGUCCUCCGUCACGCCUCCUGCCCGGAGGAAAUCUUCUUCCACUUCAUCGCCACCGAGUUCGACCCGGCCAGCCCCCGGGUCCUGACCCGGACAGUCAAGUCCGUUUUCCCCUCUCUCAGCUUCAAGCUCUACAUUUUCCGCCAAGACGCAGUCAUGAACCUCAUAUCGUCCUCGAUCCGACCCGCUUUGGAGAACCCGCUCAACUACGCCCGGAACUAUCUGGGCGACAUGAUCGACCCGUGCGUGAAACGGGUGAUCUAUCUGGACUCGGAUCUCGUGCUAGUCGACGACAUUUGGAAGCUGUGGGAGAUCAGCAUACCCGACACCAAGGUAAUCGGGGCCCCGGAAUACUGCCACACGAACUUCACGAAAUACUUCACCGACAGUUUCUGGUCGGACCCGGGUUUGAGGCGGGUAUUCGGAUGGAGGAGGCCGUGUUAUUUCAACACGGGGGUUAUGGUAAUGGACUUGGAGAAAUGGAGGGAGGGGCAAUUCCGGAAGAAAAUCGAGAAUUGGAUGGAAGUGCAGAGGAAGAAGCGGAUAUAUGAGCUGGGGUCGCUGCCUCCGUUUUUGCUAGUUUUUGGUGGGAACGUGGAGCCCAUCGAUCACAGGUGGAACCAGCACGGAUUGGGAGGUGACAACGUGGCAGGGUCGUGCAGGGCGCUGCAUCCUGGUCCAGUGAGCCUGCUGCAUUGGAGCGGAAAGGGGAAGCCGUGGGUCCGCCUUGAUGAGAGGAAGCCCUGCCCUUUGGAUUAUCUGUGGGAGCCCUACGAUUUGUACAACAUCGCACUCUCAGGAGCAACAACAACACUUGCAUCUCACUAGUAAUUUCGUUGGAUCAUAUUCUACCUAUUUGUUUUGAAACUAAAAUUACUAGUAUAUAGUAGUAGUUCAUUCUUUUUGUACAGAAUUGAUAUUUGAAGCGGCUGAGGGAUCAUAGUUUCAUAUAUAAUUCUUUUCUACAUAAAAAAUUUGUUGUCACAAAAUGAAUAUUUGAUUGGAAUACUGCAGCCAGAGGAGCCAAUUUUGGAGUUUACCAUUUCAUAUUGUGAAUAAUGGCAUUGUUUCUCA